AUGGGCGGCGGCUGCUGCGCCCCGAGCCGGGCUGUGCUCCUGCUGCUGGCGCUGGGGGUCUCCCGCGCCCGAGCCGAGAGCGCCGCGCCGCACGCUCGCUGCGCCCCGCACAGUGGCCCUGAGCUGCCGCUGCGGCCGCCAGACGAGCAGCCCGCCUGCGCCGCGCCGCCGCCGCUCCUGUGGCUUUGCCCGGCUCCCCGUCCCGCCCGCGGCCUCUGGGCGCACCUGCUCGGGCCGCGGUGCGGCGGCGGCGGCGGCGGCGGCGCGGCGGGCGAGGACGGGGAGGUCUUGUUGCUGCUGAGCCGCCUCCUGGUGGCCCCAGAACCGGGCAGCCGGUUCCGCAGGGGACGCAGCCGGGCGCUGUGCUUGGCGCCGAGCACCCGCGUCCCUUUGCCGCCCGCUAGCUCGUGGGGAGGCUGUCCGCUGACGUGCAGGGUGCAGAGCGCUGGCGGCCCCGGCCACGCGGGGAACCGGGCGCCUCACCCGCAGGGGGAGCUGCUCCUGCCCCCGCGGCCCGUGUGCCUCCGGUCGGGGCACCCGCUUCGCCUGGGGCUCCUGUGCCAUCGCUGCGAGGAGAAGGGCGAGACCUUUGUCCACUGGAGCCUGGGCCUCGGCUCCUCAAAGCACAAUAUGGGGAAGUUGUGGCAGUCGGAGGAAGGCCUGGGCAGUAGCCGGAGGAGGAAGCGCAAUGCCAACGGCAGCCCUCAGUUCCAGAUGCCCACCUACCAAGUGUCGGUACCGGAGAACAGGCCCGCCGGGACCCCUGUGAUCCUGCUGCGGGCCCUCGACCCAGAUGAGGGCGAGUGGGGCCGCUUGGACUACUCCAUGGAUGCGCUCUUCGACAGCCGCUCCAACAGCUUCUUCGCCAUUGACCCACAGUCAGGAGCAGUGACCACAGCUGAGGAGCUGGACCGGGAAACCAAGAGCACCCAUGUGUUCCGUGUGACGGCCACAGACCAUGGCACACCCCGUCGCACAGCCCUGGCGACUCUCACGAUCACGGUCAGUGACACCAACGACCACGACCCUGUCUUUGAACAGCAGGAGUACAAGGAGAGCAUGCGCGAGAACCUGGAGGUGGGCUAUGAGGUGCUGACCGUGAGAGCCACAGAUGGGGAUGCCAGCCCCAAUGCCAACAUCCUCUACCGCAUCCUGAAUGGAAACGGGGCCAACCGGAUCUUUGAGAUUGACCCCAAGUCUGGAGUCAUCCGAACCAAUGGCCUGGUGGACCGAGAAUCUGUAGAGUCCUAUCAGCUGAUAGUGGAAGCCAACGACCAAGGCAAAGACCCAGGGCCACGCAGUACGACGGCCACGAUCCACAUCACUGUGGAAGAUGACAACGAUAACUCACCGCAGUUCAGUGAAAAACGCUAUGUGGUGCAAGUGUCUGAGAAUGUGGCCUCCAACACUCACAUCCUUCGGGUAAAUGCAACAGACCGUGACAAAGGCAGCAAUGCCCUCGUGCACUACAGCAUCAUGAGUGGCAACACCCGUGGGCAGUUUUACAUUGAUGCCCAGACAGGUAACAUUGAUGUAGUCAGCCAGCUUGACUAUGAGAUGAAUAAGGAAUAUACCCUGCGCAUUAGGGCCCAGGAUGGAGGAAGACCUCCUCUCUCCAACAUCAGUGGGCUGGUGACCAUCCAAGUACUGGACGUCAAUGACAAUGCCCCCAUCUUUGUCAGCACCCCUUUUCAGUCUACCGUGCUAGAGAAUGUGCCCGUGGGCUACUCUGUUAUCCACAUCCAAGCCAUCGAUGCAGAUUCUGGUGAGAAUGCUCGACUGGAGUACGCUCUGGUCGAUACCAGUUCUGAUUUCCCUUUUACUAUCAAUAACAACACGGGCUGGAUUGUGGUGGCCUCUGAGUUGGAUCGUGAGGCUGUGGACUUUUAUAACUUUGGUGUUGAAGCCCGGGACCAUGGUAGCCCUCCAAUGACCUCUUCAGCCAGUGUCAGCAUUACCAUUCUGGACGUCAAUGACAACAACCCUGAGUUCACUCAGAAGGAAUAUACCAUGCGUCUCAAUGAGGAUGCUGCUGUGGGCACCAGUGUCCUUACAGUUUCUGCUAUUGACCGGGAUGUCAACAGUGUCAUUACUUACCAGAUCACCAAUGGGAACACUCGCAAUCGCUUCUCCAUAACCAGUCAGAGUGGCGGUGGCCUCAUCACCUUGGCUCUGCCCUUGGAUUACAAAUUAGAGCGCCAGUAUCUGCUUACUAUUACAGCCUCUGAUGGCACUCGGCUUGAUACAACCCAAGUCUUUGUUAAUGUCACGGAUGCCAAUACACAUCGGCCAGUGUUUCAGAGCUCCCAUUACACUGUUAACAUAAAUGAGGACAGGCCAGUGGGUACCACGGUAGUGAUUAUUAGUGCCACAGAUGAGGACACAGGAGAGAAUGCCCGUAUCACGUACUUCAUGGAAGACAGCAUCCCUCAGUUCAAGAUUGAUAUGGACACAGGUGGUGUCACUACCCAGAUGGAACUGGACUAUGAGGAUCAGGUGUCCUACACUUUGGCAAUUACAGCCAGGGACAAUGGUAUCCCACAGAAAUCAGACACCACCUACCUGGAGAUAUUAGUCAAUGAUGUAAAUGACAAUGCACCUCAAUUUUUAAGGGAUAGCUACCAAGGGUCUGUAUAUGAAGAUGUCCCAGCUUUCACUAGUGUCCUGCAGGUUUCUGCCACUGAUAGAGACUCUGGGCUGAAUGGGAGGGUGUUCUAUACCUUUCAGGGUGGGGAUGAUGGUGAUGGAGACUUCAUAAUUGAAUCCACCUCAGGUAUUGUUAGGACUUUGCGUAGAUUAGAUAGGGAGAACGUCCCAUUGUAUGAGCUUAGAGCUUAUGCAGUUGAUAAGGGUAUGCCAGCCAUGAGGACCCCCAUUGAUGUGCAUAUUACUGUUCUUGAUGUCAAUGAUAAUCCUCCUGUCUUUGAACAGGAUGAGUUUGAUAUCUUUGUUGAGGAGAAUAGCCCCAUUGGGUUAGUGGUGGCACGGAUCACUGCCAGUGAUCCAGAUGAGGGCACUAAUGCUCAGAUAAUGUACCAGAUAGUGGAAGGCAACAUUCCCGAGGUCUUUCAGCUUGACAUCUUCUCAGGAGAGCUGACAGCACUGAUGGAUUUGGAUUAUGAGGCCAAGUCGGAGUAUGUUAUUGUGGUCCAGGCUACUUCAGCUCCACUCGUAAGCCGGGCUACUGUGCAUGUCUGUUUGCUGGAUAAGAAUGACAACAUUCCUGUCUUGAAGAACUUUGAGAUCAUCUUCAAUAACUACAUCACUAACAAGUCUAGCAGUUUCCCCACUGGUGUGAUUGGCAGGAUCCCAGCCUAUGACCCUGAUGUUUCUGAUACUCUAACCUACAGUUUUGAGCAAGGCAAUGAACUGCAGCUGGUACUUCUGAACCACAGUACUGGAGAGCUACGGUUGAGCAGAGCCCUGGAUAACAACAGGCCUUUGGAGGCAAGCAUGAGAGUAUCUGUGUCAGAUGGGAUCCACAGUGUUGCUGCCCAGUGCACACUCCAGGUGACGAUCAUUACAGAUGAAAUGCUGACCAACAGCAUCACACUGAGGCUGGAGAACAUGUCCCAGGAACGGUUUCUUUCACCACUGCUGGCCCUCUUCCUGGAAGGGGUGGCAACUGUGCUGUCUGCUUCCCGUGACCACGUUGUGCUUUUCAACAUCCAGAAUGACACUGAUGUGCAGGCUGCCCAGAUCCUUAAUGUCAGCCUGUCCGUCUUGCUGCCAGAUGGGGCCCAUGGGAGCCGCUAUAUUCCUUCAGAGGACUUGCAGGAGCGACUGUACCUCAACCGCACACUCCUGGCUGCCAUUUCAGAACAGCGGGUUCUGCCCUUCGACGACAACAUCUGUCUGCGGGAACCCUGUGAAAACUACAUGCGCUGUGUCUCAGUGCUAAAGUUCGACAGCUCGGCACCCUUCAUUGCCUCCAAUACCAUUCUCUUCCGUCCCAUCCACCCGGUCAAUGGCCUGCGCUGCCGCUGCCCGCUUGGCUUCACGGGUGACUAUUGCGAGACUGAGAUUGACCUCUGUUAUUCUAACCCCUGUGGCAACAAUGGGCACUGCCGGAGCCGUGAAGGAGGAUACACCUGCGAGUGCCAGGAAGGCUACACUGGGGAGAACUGUGAGCUGAACUCCCGCCUGGGCCGCUGUAGCCCAGGGGUCUGCAAGAAUGGCGGCACCUGUGUCAACCUUCUGGUGGGUGGAUUCAAGUGCGAUUGCCUGUCAGGAGACUACGAGAAGCCCUACUGCCAGAUGAGUACCCGCAGCUUCCCAGCCCACUCCUUCCUCACCUUUAAGGGGCUGCGUCAGCGCUUCCAUUUCACCAUCACCCUCACGUUUGCCACAAAGGAACGGGACGGACUCCUUCUCUACAAUGGGCGCUUCAAUGAGCGACAUGAUUUUAUUGCCCUGGAGAUUGUACAGGAGCAAGUACAGCUUACCUUCUCAGCAGGAGAGUCGACAAGCACAGUAGCCCCAUUCAUCCCAGGAGGUGUGAGCGAUGGGCAGUGGCACACCGUUCACCUGCACUACUAUAAUAAGCCCAUCCUGGGGAUGUCUGGAGUUCCACAAGGACCCUCUGACCAGAAAGUAGCUGUGGUGACUGUGGAUGACUGUGACACUUCAGUGGCCCUGAAGUUUGGCUCCACCCUGGGAAACUAUUCUUGCUCUUCUCAAGGGACACAAUCGGGCACCAAGAAGUCCCUGGAUCUGACAGGUCCACUGUUACUAGGUGGUGUUCCUGACUUGCCUGAGAGCUUCCCGGUACGGAACCGACACUUUGUAGGCUGUAUGCGAGACUUCCUGAUUGAUAAUCGAGAGGUGGACAUGGCUGACUUCAUUGCCAACAAUGGGACUGUGCCUGGAUGUUCAUCCAAGAAAAAUGUUUGUGAGAGCAACACAUGCCAUAAUGGUGGUACGUGUGUCAACCAGUGGAACACCUUCAGCUGUGAAUGCCCCCUGGGUUUUGGAGGCAAGGAUUGCAAGCAAGAAAUGGCAAGCCCUCAGCGUUUCUUGGGCAACAGCAUGGUGACCUGGAAUAGCUUGGCACUGGUCAUUACACUUCCAUGGCACAUAGGACUUAUGUUCCGUACUAGGCAGAGCAAUGGUAUCCUCCUGCAUGCUACAGCUGGGCAGCAUUCCACCUUUACCCUUCGGUUAAGGGACGGGAACAUGCUGAUGACCGUGUCCCGUGCAAACAGCCAGGUCUCAUCACUGCGGCUGCACCAGGUGAAGGUGAAUGACGGUGACUGGCACCACCUGCAGUUGGAGCUGCGCAGCAGCAGGGACAACCCAGAAGCUCAGUGCUUAGCCAUAAUGGUCUUUGACUACGGCCUGCACCAGGUGGUGGCAAACAUCAGCAGUGAGCUGCAUGGGCUGAAAAUACGAAACCUGAGCAUUGGUGCUGUACUGGGGGAGCACGGGGAGAUGCAGGAUGGUUUCCGUGGCUGCAUGCAGGGGGUACGGAUGGGUGAGACAUCAGCCAGUGCUGUGGCCCUCAGUAUAAACCAAGCUGAGAAGGUGAAUGUGGAGCCUGGCUGCAGUAUCCCAGACCCAUGCGACUCCAGUCCUUGCCCUGUCAACAGUUACUGCAAUGACGACUGGGACAGUUACUCCUGCAGCUGUGACCCAGGUUACUAUGGAGACAGCUGUGCCAAUGUCUGCUCCCUUAACCCCUGUGAACAUCAGGCUGUGUGUGCCCGUAAGCCCAGUUCAUCCCAUGGCUACACCUGUGAGUGUCCCGAAAACUAUUUUGGGCCCUACUGCGAGAACAAGCUGGCUCAGCCCUGUCCCCGGGGAUGGUGGGGGCAUCCUAUAUGUGGACCCUGCAACUGUGAUGUUGGUAAAGGCUUUGACCCUGACUGCAACAAAACUACUGGAGAGUGUCGCUGCAAGGAGAACUACUACCAGCCAGCAGACAGUGCCAUGUGUUUGCUCUGUGACUGCUACCCCACAGGCUCACUGGCUCGCACCUGCGACCCUGAGAAUGGGCUGUGUUCCUGCAAGCCAGGUGUGAUUGGGCGUCGAUGUGACCGCUGUGACAACCCUUUUGCAGAAGUCACCACCAAUGGCUGUGAAGUGAACUAUGAUAGCUGCCCACGUGCCAUUGAAGCUAACAUUUGGUGGCCACGUACCCGCUUUGGCUUGCCUGCAGCUGCAUCUUGUCCCAGGGGAUCUGUCGGGACUGCCGUGAGGCACUGUGAUGAACACAAGGGCUGGCUGGCACCCAACCUCUUCAACUGCACUUCACUGACCUUUGCUGCUCUGAAGGGCCUCGCAGAGAGGCUGCUGCGGAAUGAGACCCUUUUGGAUACAGAGCAGUCCCAGUGGGUAGCUCUCCAGCUUCGCAAUGCUACACAGAACACAGCCAGCUUCUUUGGCAGUGACAUCAAGGUGGCUUAUCACCUCUCAUCCCAGCUCCUGAAACAUGAGAGCACUCAAGAAGGGUUUGGCCUGGCUGCUACACAGGAUGUGCAUUUCACAGAGAACCUGCUCAAAGUAGGCAGUGCCUUGCUGGACAACAGCAACAAACACCACUGGGAACUGAUCCAGCAGACUGAGGGGGGCACAGCCCAGCUGCUCAAACACUUCGAGGAUUAUGCCAGCACACUGGCCCAGAACAUGCGCAAGACGUAUCUAAAUCCCUUCACCAUUAUCACACCCAACAUUGUGAUUUCUGUGGUUAGGCUGGAGAAGAUGAACUUUGCUGGUGCAAAGCUGCCUCACUAUGAGGCACUCCGGGGCGAGAAACCCGCUGACUUAGAAACUACAGUCAUCCUGCCUGAAAGUGUCUUCAAGGCUCCAGAAGGCAAACAACCUUCUAUGGCCAAUGCCAAACAUCUUCCUGGUGCAGGUGAGGAAGAAGAACCUGCCCUGAUGACAAGACAAAAGAGGCACCCAGAUCUGAGCGAGGGCCAGGCUAUUGCCAGUGUGAUAAUUUACCGCACACUGGCAGGUCUGCUUCCAGAACAGUAUGACACAGAUAAACGGAGCCUGAGAGUCCCUAAGCGCCCUGUUAUCAACACUCCAGUGGUGAGCAUCAGCAUCCAUGACAAUGACGCACUGAUGCAGCGGGCCCUUGAGAAACCCAUCACGGUACAGUUCCGGCUGCUGGAAACUGAGGAGCGCACAAAACCUAUCUGUGUAUUCUGGAACCAUUCCAUCCUGGUCAGUGGGACUGGUGGCUGGUCAGCCAAAGGCUGUGAAGUUGUCUUCAGGAAUGAGACUCACGUCAGCUGUCAGUGCAACCACAUGACCAGCUUUGCUGUGCUGAUGGACAUUUCUCGCAGAGAGAAUGGCGAGAUCCUGCCCCUGAAGACCAUCACGUAUGCCUCCAUUGCUGUAACGCUAGGCAGCCUUUUGCUCACCUUCAUCUUCCUGGCUGGCCUGCGGGCCCUGCGAUCCAACCAGCAAAGCAUCCGCAAGAAUCUGGUGGUGGCACUGUUUCUCUCUGAGCUCAUCUUUCUCCUGGGCAUCAACCAAGCUGACCUACCAUUUGCCUGCACCGUCAUUGCCAUCUUGUUGCACUUUCUAUACAUGUGUGCCUUUGCCUGGGCACUGUUAGAAGCACUGCACAUCUACCGCAUGCUGAGUGAGGUGCGCGACAUCAACUACGGCCCCAUGCGCUUCUACUACAUGGUUGGCUGGGGCGUACCAGCAUUCAUCACAGGACUUGCUGUUGGCCUAGACCCUGAAGGCUAUGGGAACCCAGACUUCUGUUGGCUCUCCAUCUAUGAUACAUUGAUUUGGAGCUUUGCUGGACCCAUUGCUUUUGCUGUUGCGAUGAGUGUCUUCCUCUAUGUCCUGGCCACCAAGGCCACUUGUGCUGCUCAACAGCAGGGAUUUGAGAAGAAGGGGACAGUCUCUGGCUUACGUUCAGGCUUUGUCUCUCUGCUGCUGAUCAGUGUCACCUGGUUGCUGGCCUUGUUGUCUGUCAACAGUGAUGCUAUUAUCUUCCACUAUCUCUUUGCUGGUUUCAACUGUCUCCAGGGACCAUCAGUCUUCCUUCUGUGUGUCAUCUUAUGCAAAGAAGUGCGGAAAGCUCUCAAAUCAAGUUGUGGCAAGAAGCACAGCACAGACCCUACACACACCACCAAAUCUACCUUGACAGCGGCGUAUAACUGCAACAACACGUAUGUGGAUGGGCAAUUGUACCACACACCCUUCGGGGACUCCACUGGUUCCUUGCACAGCACUCUCCGAUCAGGCAAGAGUCAGCACAGCUACAUCCCCUUUGUGCUCAGGGAGGAAUCUGGCUUGAACAACAGCCAGGUGCAUAUUGGGCCUACAGACCCCAGCGCACUCUUUUUGGAAUCCAAGGACCAGAGCAAUGAACGUGACACUGACUCAGACAGUGACCUUUCCCUGGAGGAUGACCAGAGUGGUUCCUAUGCUUCCACGCACUCCUCCGACAGCGAGGAGGAUGAAGAGUUUGCCAGAGAGCCCUGCUGGGAGAAUUUGUUGUGCCCUAACAAUGAGAAACUGCCAGCCCACAGUACUCCCAAGGGGGACAGCCUCUCCGGCCCUGGCAAACCUUACUGGCCAGGAGACUUUGUGACAACCGCUAGUGAGAGUGAUGGGCAUGCUGGCUCAGAGAAGCUGCGUGUGGAGCCAAUUGGCAAAAGUGACCGUCUGGGACCAACAGAGGAGAUGCCCAGGGAGAAUGGAGACACACAGACGAGGGAGAACAUGUUGAGCUCACUGCCUCAUCCCACUGCCCAGCCCCAGAAAGGCAUACUCAAGAAGAAGUACUUGCCGCCCAUCAGUGAGAAGAACAGCAUCCAGCGCAUCCACAACAAGCUCUCCAGCUGCCGCUCAGGGAUGGUGUCAUCGCAUGGCUCUUCAGGCAGUGAUGGCAGCCGCGGUGGCGGGGCAUUGCGGCCCCGCCAGACGCUACAGGAGCAGCUGAAUGGCCUGACGCCCAUCACCAUGAGCAUAAAGACUGGCACAGUGGAUGAGGACUCUUCGGGCUCCGAGAGUGAUGAAACCUCAAUCUGA